AUGUCGAAAAAAAGUUUGGCGCAGCGGGUUAAGGACGAAAGUAGCUUUCUGGAGGCAGCGGCAGCCACGCCAGCAGUGCCUCCUCCUUUAAUUGGACCUUUAGGAUUAAGUGGUGCUUCGGCUCCGGGACCUUUGCUGGUUGCACCUCCACCAACGUUCAGUUCUCCGUCUGCAAAUAUCACUGUUGCAGCACCUUUGCGAGGAUCUGCGCCGUCUUCGUUUUCUGUUGCAGCACAGAAAAAUGGAUCAUCAACUACCAUCAAACCGCAAACAUCAUCAGCCGAGCCAGAGCAGCUUUACCAGCAAACACAAAAUCUUGACCAUGCCGGACAGCUAAACCUGUUGCAAAUGAUGCAUCCUAGCUUAGAGAUUACAGCAACGCCGACAAUGCCAAGGACACCUGGUUCUUCUCGGAAGAGCAGCAAGACAAAGAGUGAUUAUGGUGGCGAAAGAAAGCAACGCAAACCCCCGAUCAGUAGUAGUGAUUUGUCGGUUGCUUAUGGCGAUGGUACCGAGUACAGUGUGCCAGGAGAC